AUUCUCUGCUGAAGCCCUCUGGGGGAUUGGAGGAAUCACUCCUGGUUUCCUUCAAUCCAAGCCUAGCAGGUGAAGAGGAGCCAGGGCCCCAGGAGGAAAGACAGAAGUGUGGCUCUUUCCCACCCAGAACAGCCUGUCCUGGUCAGCACCCUCUCAAUGGCAGGAAGGACAACUCAGAAGAGCCACGAGACUGAGUCCAGUGCCUCGAUCUCUCUGAGUCUCCUGUUGGGGGAGGACCCAGGACACCUGUCCCAGCAACCGCAGGCCACCAGUUCACAGGACCAGGAGCCACUUGGCUCUCCCAGCCCCUCUGAGGUGGGCUCAGAAUACCUGCCUUUUUUCCACAUUCCUGAGCAGCCCCUGGCUAUGGAGGAGCCACCUCAGCAGGUUCAACUCUGCCCAGGACACAAAGCUGGCAGGAGCUGCAGAGAGGGUCUGUUCCUCGAGGAGUCAGCGCCACCCAGUGGCUUCUUCCCGUACUACCGCUCUCAGGAAGAGCUGCUCAACUGCACCACCCCUCAAGGCUGCUGGUGUCUGGGCACCAGAGACCGCUUUCCUGGAAGUGGGGCACAGGAUGGCUGCUGCAAGUGUGCUUUGGCAGGGCCUGACCUCCUCUCUGGCUUUUCAUCCUCACCAGCCUGCUGCCACUUCCUGGGAGGGUUCAUGCCUGAUGGUGACCAGGAUCUUCCCCUCUCUGGGGACCGUGCUCUUGAUGCUUCAGGAUUUGUACCAUACUACAGAAGCCCUGAAGAGGGGCUUCACACCAGCCCGGUGCCUCCCUCCUCUGUGCUGGGGAGCUCGAGGGAGCGACCCCAACCUGGUGCUGCCAGCCUGUGAGGAUGCAGCAGUGAAAGCCGCAGGGACUUCUGGGAGUGAACUUGCCAGUUGGGUGAGGGACAAAGAGAACUGGAGCUGAAGGUUCCACAGCUCAGUCCGUUUGCCCUGGGACCAUUCGUCCGUCCUGGGGCAGAAAGAGGUCUUCUAUUAGA